AUGGGAAUUCGUCCGAUAUCGCCAACAUCUCCAACUCGCAUCGAGGGCCUCUCAAUGGAAGGCGAGAAGAAUGAGAAGAAUGAGGCCACGGCUGGGACGGCCGCGGAGACGGACUCUGGGUCCGUCCAAUCCACCCCUAUUCCCGACGGGGAUGGGGGGAUCAAACGCGACUUGGAGUCUCGGCACAUCAACAUGAUUGCGAUUGCGGGAAUGAUUGGAACCGGUCUGUUCCUCAGCUCAGGCUCGACAAUCGUCACUGCAGGACCGGCUGGGGCGUUGCUAGCGUAUAUCGUGAUGGGACUCGUCACCGCGGGCGUGUCCUACACCACAGGCGAGAUCACCUCCUUCAUGCCAUCGACGGGAGGGUUCAUACGUCAUGCGACCAAGUUCGUCGAGCCCGCACUAGGCGCUGCCACGGGAUGGAACUUUUGGUACACGAUGUCCAUCUCGGUUCCCGCCGAAAUCAGUGCGGCGGCCACUUUGAUUCAGUUCUGGAACACGUCCGUCAACCCAGGCGUUUGGAUCACUGUGUUCUUGGUGUUCAUCAUCACGGUGAACUUUUGCGGCGUUCGGCUUUACGGUGAAACCGAAGUUGUGUUUGCAUCCCUCAAGAUCAUGACAAUCAUCGGCCUCAUCAUCGGCGGCCUCGUCAUCGACCUCGGCGGAGGACCGCACGGCGAGCGUAUCGGGUUCCGUUACUGGCAGAACCCGGGGGCUUUCAACAGCUACCUCGUCCCGGGGCCGGCGGGGAACUUCUUGGCCUUCUGGAAGGUUCUCCUCUCGGCCGCCUUUAGUUACGGCAACAUCCAAGUCGUUGCCAUCUCCGGUUCCGAGACGCGGGAGCCAAGAAAGAUCAUCCCUGCUGCCACGAGGAAGACCUUCUUCCGGGUCUUCUUCUUUUACGUUCUCAGCAUCCUCGUUGUCGGGAUGAUUGUACCAUCGGAUGACCCAUCACUGCGUAUCUCGACGGGAACCGCACAACAGUCCCCGUUCGUCAUUGCCUUCACCCGUUCCGGAGUCUCAGUGUUACCCUCCAUUAUCAACGCCGUGGUAUGCACUUCCGCCAUUAGCAGUGGUUCGGCUUGUGUCUUCAUUGCCUCCCGCACCCUGUACGGCCUGAGCUGUGAUGGCCACGCACCCAAGAUCCUUCAGCGCUGCAAUAGGUUUGGAACGCCUCACUACGCAGUGGGGUUGACUUGCGCCUUGAUGCCUCUCGUUUACCUGAACGUGGCCAACAACACGUCCGUUGUCUUUGGCUGGUUCGUCAACAUCACGACUGUUGCUGGCCUUAUCGGUUGGAUGGUUAUAGAAGUGACAUAUCUUCGAUUUUAUGCUGGACUCAAAGCCCAGGGUUACUCUCGAAAUGACCUUCCCUACCGAAGUCCAGGUCAGCCUUACGUAUCGUGGAUCACUCUAUUUAUGGUGUUUCUUGUUGUGUUCUUCUCAGCUCAUAUUAUGGCCCCAGGGUUCGAUGUCUUCACAACAGGCAACUUCACAGCCUCAGGGUUUCUUACCUGUUACGUCAACGUUUUCGUCUUUGCCGCGCUGUAUUUAUUCUUCAAGUUUUACCUGAAGUCGCGAGUCAUUGCUGUAAGCGAGAUGGACUUCGAGACAGAGUUCACUUCCAUCAGGCAAGAAAAAGCACGUGAGGAGGUAUAUGAGCAUAAAGAGACCGGCUUCAAGCAGUUGCUUCGCAAGAUCGUUCAUACCGUAUGA